CCCUAUACACGAUGUCCGUCGCUAACGCAUCGAACGCCGCCCUCUCUCUGGGACUAGCCGCGCUUGCUUAUGCUCUGUGGAAGCUAGUCCCUUUCGUGUACCGUCUAUGGAUCUCUCCAAUGCGCGAUCUCCCAGGCCCUUCUAAUCCGAGCUGGAUUUAUGGCAACCUCAAACAGAUCCGAAAUUCUGAAGAGGCCGUACUUCAUGAAGCGUGGACCGAGACUUAUGGAAAGACGAUCAAUUACAAGGGAUGGAUGAACACAAAUAGGUUGUACACCGUAGACACACGGGCACUGAGCCACAUCCUCAGCCAUUCUUACGACUAUCCCAAGCCUCACAUAUCACACUUUUUCCUCUCCCGUAUACUUGGAGCAGGUUUAUUGAUUGUUGAAGGAGAACAGCACCGCAUGCAGAGGAGGAUUAUGAACCCUGCUUUCGGUCCCGCUCAAAUCCGAGAGCUGACAGGGAUUUUCGUGGAAAAGUCCAUGCAACUGCGCGAUAUUUGGAGCGCCGAGAUAGCGAAGCACGGCGAGCCCGCUAGAGUGGACGUCCUCAGCGGACUGAGCAAGGCUACCCUUGAUGUCAUCGGCCUAGCUGGCUUCAACUACAAGUUCGACUCACUUAACCCCGAGGGCAAGCCGAACGAACUUAGCGAAGCAUUCAGCAUCAUGUUCGAAUCGCUCUCCGGGGCCGGCGUGCACCUCUUCCGCUUCUUCAAGGCGUACAUCCCUCCGCUUCGUAUCAUCCCUGAUAAUUUCUCGAGAAAGUCGGGCGCUGCUCAGGCGGUGAUGAGGCGCAUCGGCAUGCAGCUAAUCGCGGACAAGAAGGCUGCGAUCUUGAAAGCUGCUGAGUCUGAGAAGGAUAAGGAGAAUGAUGAUGGCAGCAGUCUUCAUGGACGCGACUUGCUCACUCUUCUCAUCAAAGCGAACAUGAGCACCGAUAUCCCGGAGAGUCAACGGCUGUCCGACGCGGAUGUACUUGCACAGGUCCCAACCUUCCUCGUUGCAGGGCACGAGACGACCAGCAACGCAACAACGUGGUGCCUCUUUGCCCUCAGCCAGGCUCCCGAGGUGCAGCAGAAGCUGCGCGAGGAGCUCUGGAGCAUACCCACGGAGGAUCCCACCAUGGACGAGCUCAACGAGCUGCCAUACCUCGACGCCGUCGUGCGCGAGACGAUGCGCGUUCAUUCGCCCGUCGUUUCAACAAUCCGGAUGGCCGGUAAGGAUGACUUUAUCCCGCUUAACGCUCCAUAUACGGACGUGCACGGGCAGGUGCGCGAUAGCAUCAAGAUCGACCAGGGCACGCUCAUAUUGAUCCCGGUCCUAGCCAUAAAUCGUGCGAAGGAUCUGUGGGGGGAAGAUGCAUUUGAGUUUAAGCCUGAGCGAUGGGAAUCGCCUCCUGAUGUCAUCCAGACGAUUCCUGGCGUUUGGGGAAACCUGAUGAGUUUCCUCGGCGGUCCGCGCUCGUGCAUCGGGUACCGCUUCUCCCUCGUCGAGAUGAAAGCGCUGCUGUUCACUCUGGUUCGCGCAUUCGAGUUCGAACUUGCGGUGACGGCAAGCGAUAUCACGAAAAAGAGAGGGAUCGUGCAGCGUCCGUUCGUUACGAGCGAGAUGGAGAAGGGUCACCAGCUGCCCUUGCUCAUCAGACCGCACGUGCGGGUGUAAUGCUCCUUUACGUCUUUCUGCACCUGUUGAGUAAGCGUGUGGAAGAAGUGAGCGUCUACCCUGCUGUAUCAUGGACCUGGAAUUACCCUUGUAGUACUCUUCGCAAAUUCACGCACUAAUAGAACGGUAUCGGCCGAAUACGUAGAGACAAUCUUACCUUCGCCACGAAUGUUCUCAGUGACCCUUGCUCACCCCCACUCCACAUUUCCACUUAUGGUAAUACCAGUUAUUUUUGCACGAUCAUGUACAGAUUUGAAAUGAUAAGAGGCAAAAAGGUGAAAUAACCAUUGC